AUGACAAUUCCGCCACCCCCCUUUCCUCGCUGAGUAUCUGGAAAGUUCUCGGCUUUUCCUCCAGAUGCUAGAACUAAGCAAACAACACAGCAACGUGGACCCCUUGACUUAUUAGCCAAGCAGCUCAAUAGCAAACAUUCAGUUUGGAGACUGGUGCACAACGGUCGAUAUCCGGCAUAAUUUGGCGCUAAAUGUGCGAAAUAUAGCUAACAAGACAAACGGAUUCUUGAUCUAGCUGAUUUGUGGCGCAGCUCUCCUCUCCGAACCAUAGUUAUCUAGCUAGCUUGCGCCCUGCUAGCCAGCCGUAUUGUUAGCUAGCUAACGUCAGCAGACACUGUUUCAGGCCAGGGGCUCCAGGGCUAUGACUGCUGAAGAGGUGACCAACGAAGAACAGAACAACAUCCCGAUGGAGGGAGAGGAUAUCACGCAGAAGAAAGAUGGAGGGGUUUUAAAGUUGGUGAAGCAGGAAGGCACAGGGACAGAGCUGCCUAUGACUGGAGACAAGGUGUUUGUUCACUAUGUUGGCACCCUGAUGGAUGGAACCCUGUUUGACUCCAGUCGUGAACGAGGAGAGAAGUUUUCCUUUGAGCUGGGCAAAGGCCAGGUAAUCAAGGCGUGGGACCUGGGAGUGGCUACUAUGAAAGUAGGAGAGAUCAGCCAGCUGAUCUGUAAACCAGAGUAUGCCUACGGCACUGCUGGCAGCCCCCCGAAGAUACCCCCCAACGCUACACUUGUCUUCCAGGUGGAGUUGUUUGAGUUUCGGGGGGAGGACAUCACUGAGGGAGAGGAUGGAGGAAUCAUCCGUCGCAUCAUCACUAAGGGAGAGGGAUACACCAAGCCUAAUGAAGGAGCUGCCGUAGAAGUGUGUUUGGAGGGCAGCUGUGAGGGCAAGGUGUUUGACAAGAGGGAGCUGAAGUUUGAGUUGGGAGAUGGAGAGAGCCUGGGUCUGCCAAGCGGAGUGGAAAAAGCCCUGAUGGCUAUGGAGCAGGGAGAGGAGUCCCUCUUCAUCAUCAAACCCAAGUAUGGCUAUGGAAACACAGGCAACAGCAAGUACAAUAUUCCUGGUGAAGCCACUCUGCAAUACAAACUCAAACUGACCACCUUCGAGAAGGCCAAGGAAUCCUGGGAAAUGAACUCCGCAGAGAAACUGGAGCAGAGCAUCAUUGUCAAGGAGAAGGGAACACAGUAUUUCAAGGAGGGAAAGUAUCGCCAAGCGUCUGUCCAGUAUAAGAGGAUUGUGUCCUGGCUGGAGAAUGAAUCAAGUUUACCCGAGGGGGAGGAGCAGAAGGCUCAAGCCCUGCGGUUGGCUGCUCACCUCAACCUGGCCAUGUGCUUCCUCAAGCUACAGGAACCAAGCUCUACUUUUGACAACUGUGACAAGGCCCUGGAGCUGGACAACACUAAUGAAAAGGCUCUAUUCCGGAGGGGGGAGGCGCUGUUUGCCAUGAAGGAGUUUGAUAGGGCGAGAGCAGACUUCCAGCGUGUCAUACAACUGUAUCCUAGCAACAAGGCCGCCAAAAGCCAGGUGGCUCUGUGCCAGAAACAGAUUAAGGAGCAGCAUGAGAAGGACAAGAGGCUCUAUGCCAACAUGUUCCAGAAGUUUGCUGAGAGAGACGCUAAGGAGGAGGCUGACAAGGGGAUGGAGAAUGGAGGAGGGAUGGAGGUGGAGGAGAGUGGAGGACAGGAGUAAUGACUGCUGGAGACAGAUGUGGUAGUCUGUCUGUCAUGAAGACUUAACUUCAGACAUUUGUGUUUCUAAAGAGAAAGUGUUAGUGUGUUUGAGAGAAGUGCAUGUGUGUCCAUGGCUCGACUGUAUCUCCUGUGUGUCUGUGUGCUAUCAUCAUGGCAGCUAGCUGGCUGGGUGGGCCUUCUGUAGCUGACUGCACUCCAGAGGUGUGGCUAAAAGGAUUCCCCCUCCCUCUGGUUAGCAUGUAGCAGGCUGCCUCCUCCCUGCACGCCCCUACUCAGACUUCUUUGCUUAAUGGAGUUGGAAGCUCAGUACUAGAUGUGUGUAAUCACCCCCCCCCCCUUUCCAAGGCCAAC